AUGAGUCGUGAGUCCAUUGAAGACUUGAAGUUGCCAACAAUUCGUCAAGAAGUCCCUCACCAACAAAUAGUCUGCCUGCCAGUGCAUCUGGAGAUCUUUUACAAAGUUGGCGUGUCGGAAGGCUUUGGUACCGGUGUAGUAGUUCAGUCAGGUGUUGUUGCCUGGCGUCUGAUGCAUCCAGGAUGUGGCCUUCUCGAAUGGCGCAUGUUGCUAAUAAGUGGAUGGGUUCCAAAUCUUCCGAUUGACUCCGCUGAAGGUGGAGGCCUUGAGGCCGGAAAAUAG